AUGAAACCGACAGAGUUUGCAGAGGUCAAACACUGGUACCAUGCCACCCUUGAAAGCCUCGAAGACUCGAAGAAUUACAAUAAUAAUAAUACUUCAAAUUCAAAAUCCCAAAAGUCCUCAUCAUCAAAACUAGUUCUUCAUCAUGUUUACAACACAGUUUUCCAUGGCUUCUCAGCUAGGCUGAGCACGCGGCAAGCCCAACAGCUUGAGGAGCAGCCGGGGGUUGUUGCUGUUUUUCCCGACCGAGUUUACAACUUACACACGACUCGGACUCCUUAUUUCCUCGGCUUAUACGGUGAUACUUACAAUACCAUUGCUAGACCUUUGUUAAACGAAUCCAAUUUCGGCUCGAACGUCAUCAUCGGAUUCCUCGAUGCUGGUAUUGAUCCCAAUCACCCUAGCUUCAACGACGACGGCCUCGAACCCCUCCCAGCAGCCAAGAGAUGGAAAGGCAAGUGCGCGGUGAAAGGGUUUCAGUGCAACAACAAACUCGUUGGCGUUAGGUACUUAACACCCGGAAAGAACAUCGGUCACGGCACGCAAACGGCGUCCACGGCCGCGGGAAGGGCCCUCAAGAACGUGUUUUAUUCCGAGAACGGGGAAAGCACGGCCGUCGGAGUCGCGCCCAAGGCACGAAUCGCAUUGUACAAAGUAUGCAAUGUUGCCACGAUGGACAUCUGCAGUGUGGAACUCGGGAUCGAGCCAGCUCCAGUGGUAGCUUCUUUCUCCUCCAGAGGCCCUAAUCCGAGUUCACCAUAUGUUAUGAAGCCCGACGUGUUGGCGCCAGGUGUCAACAUCCUUGCAGCAUGGCCAGGGGAUGUCGACUUCAAACUGCUCGAGUUCAAUUUUAUGUCAGGCACAUCCAUGGCCUGCGCGCACGUGUCCGGCCUGGCUGCUCUCUUGAAGGGAGCCCACCCCAAGUGGUCCGCAACCAUGAUCCGCUCCGCCAUCAUGACCACGGCUUAUACCACAGCCAAUGAUGGCAAACCCAUACUCAAUAAUGAUGGGACAAAGUCCACAACCUCAGACAUGGGUGCAGGUCACAUUGACACGAAUAAAGCCCUUGAUCCAGGAUUAGUCUACGAUAUCACCCCGCAAGAUUAUACUGUGGCUUUCAUGUGCGCCUCAAAGUAUACCGAUUGCAGUGCUAGGCCAUGGGAUCUGAAUUAUCCAGCCAUCUCUAUUGAUUUGCAGUCAUUAUUACAUAAUGAUAUCACGAUUAAAAGGACCGUGACAAAUGUUGGUGAAGCUGACGCUAGUUACGCCGUGAAGGUGACGAAUCCAAGAGGGGUGAAUCUGACAAUAAAUCCUACAACAAUGUCUUUUACAAGCAAGGACGAAAAGCAAAACUACAGCGUGACUAUAACCGCAACAGAUUUGCCCAAACAUAUUACUACUGUCGAGGGAAAGAUAGUUUGGUCGGAUGGGAAGCGCCGGGUGGUGUCGCCUGUUGUUAUUGUCAACACUCAUAAUUGA